AUGUCUCAACGCACGGUAUUCUCCGCUGUACGGCGAGCGUACCUCGACAACCCUCAAUCUCAGUCUUUAUACGCCUGUAAAACAUGUCGCAAUCGCAUUUUUCCGCGUCGCUCCCUCGCAACACUCCCAAAUCUCCCUCUCUUCCACGCAUUGACAAACCACGACCCUGCGAGUCUCGCCGUUGUCAAUAGAUACGCUGAGCCCAAACGAUUUACAUACGGAAACCUGGUGGCAGAUGUGCUUCUAGCGCAAGAUAGAUUAGCGCGACUGGCUGGGGAACGACACGAUGGGUUACAGGGCAAACGGGUCGCGUUUAUCGCGCUGAAUAGCUAUGAUUACACAGUGAUGCUUCUAUCGAUUCUUGCUAGCGAUGCGAUCGCCGUUCCGCUUGCAACGUCGUUCCCGGUCAGCGAGUUGAAGUAUAUCAUGGAUGACUCGCAGUCUAGCGUGCUGAUAUCAAACCCGCAGUGGCUGGAGAAGGUGGAAGCGCUCCUGAGAUCGGGCCUGGGACAAUCGGUGGCCUUUGAUAUAGCUGAAUGGGCUGGAUGGCGGACACGGCGGGCUGAUGCUUUACACGUCUGGGACUACGAACCGACCGGCGUUUUGAUCCCGCAGUCUGCGCUGCGAGCGCAGGCGGCAUCCUUGAUACAGGCAUGGAAGUAUACGCCAGGGGACCGGCUCUUGCAUCUCCUCCCGCUACACCAUAUCCAUGGUAUUGUGAAUGCUCUCAUCACGCCGCUUUUUGCUGGCUCGUCCAUCGAGUUUAUGUCGCCGUUUGUCCCAGGCAAAGUGUGGACACGGCUGGCCGAGCCAUUUCUACCGGGAGGCCAGACGGAUGAGAAGAUCACCUUCCUCAAUGCUGUUCCUACGAUGUAUAAUCGACUACUAGACAAUUUUUCGAGUCUUGACAAAGAGCUCCAGGAUGCGGCCAGGACAGCUGCCUCCCCGGAGCACCUACGUCUGAAUGUCUCUGGCUCCGCGGCGCUGCCGACGCCAACGAAGCAGGAAUGGCAGGAACUUAGCCAUGGAAAUGUCCUGCUUGAGCGGUAUGGAAUGACGGAGGUUGGAAUGGCUUUGAGCUGCGGGCUGGACUUUGCGGAUCGCGUCGACGGCAGCGUCGGCUGGCCUUUGCCGUCCGUCGAGGUGCGAUUAGUCGACACCGACACAAACGAGGUUAUCAAGGAAGGUGAGGAGCUCGAUGCCAUCGGGCGCCCGCGCGUUGGAGAGAUUCAGCUGCGCGGACCUACGAUUUUCAGCAAGUAUUGGAACAAUGAGGUCGCUACGCAAGAGUCCUUUGUCGACGGUGACGAUGGGAAUGGACAAUGGUUCAAGACCGGCGACGUGGCUACGAGGGAAGUCGUCAACACCUCUGGCAAAGGAACCAGCGGCGAAUGGGCAAAGGGACCGAUGUACUUUAUCCAGGGCCGGCAGAGCGUGGAUAUCAUCAAGGUCGGCGGCGAGAAGGUCAGCGCGCUCGAAGUUGAACGAGAGCUAUUAUCACUCCGCCGUCGUCGGCCUUCACUCGAGAUCAUUGGGCCAGAAAGUUACAGCUAUAGUGGUAUUGAAUACCGAUGUCGUGGCGAAAACCGGCCGCAAGAACAAACCGUGGAACAUGCGGGAUAUGCGAGAGGCGCUGAGGAAGAAACUCGCCGAGUACAAGAUUCCGCAGGUGAUGAAGGUUCUUCCCAACGAGCUUCCACGGAAUGCAAUGGGCAAGGUUAA